AUGAAGGAAGCAGCGACCUCAUGCAUAGUAGCUGCAACGGUGACUGCCACACUAGUUUUUCAAGCAGCAUUCAGUGGAACUAGUGGCUACGAUAAAUUGAGUGUGUUCAUGACAUUUGGGUUUUCAGAUGCACUCUCCUUGUUCUCAUCGAUUGCGGCCGCCAUAAUAUUCAUGUCCAUCAUCACUGCACGCUACAAACAAGAUGAUUUUCUUGAGACCCUUCCCAGAAAGUUCAUAUUGGGAGUUGUUAUCAUGUUCAUCUCCAUCACAUCAAUGAUGGUAGCGUUUGGCACCACUGUUUAUCAGAUUUUCUAUGAGAAAAAGGCAUAUGUGAUGCUUGGUUUAGUGGGCGUAUCAGCCUGUUCGCUCAUGCUCUUUUUUAUGGCUUCACAAUUUUCCCUCAUAUGGCACUUGUUCAUUUACACCUAUCGGCCUGGCCUUUUCUGCAGACAAGCAAAGGUGUCCUCGACCAAGUAA